AGCGGCAGCAGCGGCGGCCUGGGGGAGUUGGGACCUUGGUUUUCUGAACUAGUGGAAAUAGGAUUUCCUUCACUUCCUUGGGGAACAACCUCUCUUGUUUCCUGAGGCAGCUGUCAUCCCACUGCACCACCCCACCCGUGUGACCUUUCUGUUUCUCCUCGUGUAGAUUUCAGCUUUCUGUGCUGCUCGGUGAUGUCCUAUCGAAGAGGAUCAUCUACCUUCAAAAAGUCACUCACCCCUGAGAUGCCAGGUGGUUCUGGGCAGCCAGGCUCACAGACCAUAAAGAAAGGGCACAGAGGAGUGGACUCCACGGGCGAGACGACCUAUAAAAAGACGACCUCAUCUGCCUUGAAAGGUGCCAUCCAGCUGGGCAUCACACACACAGUUGGAAGCUUGAGCACUAAACCUGAAAGAGAUGUUCUCAUGCAGGAUUUCUACGUAGUAGAAAGCAUUUUCUUCCCGAGUGAAGGCAGCAACUUGACCCCCGCUCAUCACUACAACGAUUUCCGCUUCAAAACCUACGCUCCCGUGGCCUUCCGCUAUUUCCGGGAGCUCUUUGGGAUCCGACCAGAUGACUACCUGUACUCGCUCUGCAACGAGCCCCUCAUUGAGCUCUCCAACUCGGGGGCCAGUGGGUCCCUCUUCUACGUGUCCGGGGACGACGAGUUCAUCAUCAAAACGGUUCAGCACAAGGAGGCCGAGUUCCUCCAGAAGCUGCUGCCUGGCUACUACAUGAACCUGAACCAGAACCCCAGGACGCUGCUGCCAAAGUUUUACGGCCUGUACUGUGUCCAGGCCGGGGGCAAGAACAUCAGGAUCGUGGUGAUGAACAACCUGCUGCCACGUUCUGUCAAGAUGCACCUGAAGUACGACCUGAAAGGCUCCACCUACAAGCGCCGGGCGUCCCAGAAGGAGAGGGAGAAGGUCUUUCCCACCUACAAGGACUUGGAUUUUAUGCAGGACGUCCCUGACGGCCUCUUCCUGGACUCAGACAUGUAUAAUGCCCUGUGCAAAACGUUGCAGAGAGACUGUUUGGUCCUGCAGAGCUUUAAAAUCAUGGAUUACAGUUUGCUUGUUGCCAUCCACAACAUGGACCUGGCGCAGAGGGAGCACGUGGUGGCCGACGGGACCUCCCAGGCCGACACGCGGCGCCCGGCGGCCCAGAAGGCCCUUUAUUCCACAGCCAUGGAAUCCAUCCAGGGAGAGGCCCGGAGAGGUGGCACCAUCGAAACUGACGACCAGAUGGGGGGCAUCCCAGCCCGCAACGCCAAGGGGGAGAGGCUGCUGCUCUACGUCGGCAUCAUCGACGUGUUGCAGUCCUACAGGUUUGUCAAGAAGCUGGAGCACUCUUGGAAGGCCCUGGUACAUGAUGGGGACACUGUCUCUGUGCACAGACCCAGCUUCUACGCCGAGAGGUUCCAACGGUUCAUGUGCAACACGGUGUUCAAGAAGAUACCACUCAAGCCAUCCCCAUCGAAGAAGAGCCGCUCGGGCACCGCGGUUCCGCGGCGGAGCUGCCAGGGGGGAGUCCCUGCCCAGCCCCACCUGGGCUGUGAGACCCGGGCACAAGUGACAGCAGAGGUGGACGUGGAGCAAGGUUCCCACCUUGGUCGCCCAGAUCUCCUGCCCCGGAUGCUGCCAGUGGACGAAGCCAACAGCGACUCCAUCGCCACCACCCUCUCCACCUCCUCCCUGGGCAGUGGUGGCCUCAACUCCCCUGCCAACAGGUCAGUGGGCGUUCAAGUGCACAAAGCUGAGACCUCAGCCAAGGAUUUGCCUAGAGCAGCUCCUGGCAUCUUCCUGCUGAGCGGCUCCCCAGGUCCCUCCCUUCCCGAGCACCCUGCCCAGCUGAGGGAGCAGCUCGAGGACCUGCAGGAGACAGAGAUAAGCUUUUGAAGCAACAGCCAGACCACCGCGAUGGAAGCAGGUUGUUCUGUGGAGCCUGAGAGACCUUCAGCCCCUGUGGCCCUUUUAGUAAAAACUUCGUUUAAAAAAAAAAAAAUGAAAAAAAAAAAAUGAAAAAAAAAAAAGAAAUCUUCUCUGGAACAGAAACCCAGAAGCUGGAGGGCUGAGCUGCACUUGGUGGGACAGUGCUCACAGGGACUGAGCCAGCGCGGCGGAGCCUGGGACACCUGGAAGUCUCCUCACAGCAGAGCCCACCCGUGGCUGGUCCUUCCUUUGGAGCCUGGUGGGAGCAAGGCCAGCUGUGAGGAGGAGGAGGAGGAGAAACUGCUCCACGUGGGCUGAAGGCCUCUGGAAACAGGAUCUGACUUCACGGAAUCGGCUGCUUUUGGUGCCCACACCACAAACCUUGGGAGAUCAAGGACUCCUGGGGGGCACCCGGGGGAAAGGGGCAUCAAGCCUCGUUGGGGCAGCUUCUGACCAGCACCCUGGGUUUGUUUUGUAUUUUAAACAAGUUUUUAAUUUAAGUGUUUUUCGGAAUUGGAUCAUAUCACUUCUUUUUAGUCCUGCAGUAUAGUUAGGACUCUCUUUUUUUUUUUUUUUUUUUUUUAAUAAAUAGGCUUUUUUUUUUUUGGUCAGUGUUCCACAGAAAAGUGAGAGGGGCAGGAAGGGGGAGCAGCAGCUGCACCGACUCUGGACAAGCUGCUCCCCCCGCAGCCUCCUCCUCUUCCUCCUCCUGCUCCUCCUCCUCCCCAGUCCCACCUCGCCCGAGCCAGGACCAGGAGGACUUGGAAUGUUCGAAGCUUUUCAGGGAGGUUUUUGGAUAUUACCCUUUUUUUUGGGGGGGGGGGGUUGGUUAUUUUUUCCCUGGGCUUUUAAACUCAGCCCUUUCAUCCCUUCCCCACCCCCAGGGACUCACAGGUGAGGGGGGAUCUUUGCCAGGGGCACCUUUUUUUACAAGUAUUUCUUAAGUAAACGGACCAAACGGCUCCGCCCCCCCCGCCCUGCAGCCCCCUCCCCUUUUUAACAGCCCUUUUGAUAUCUCCCCUCUACUCACCCUGCCUCAAAACCAAGCUCCUGGCCUCGGUGGGGCAGGUUUGUGGCUCCGCUGAAGUCUGGGGCCUUUGGAGUCUUGGUUUUCAAGAAAAUACUCAGCUGAAGUGGGGGGGGUUGUUGUGCUGCCCUUUCCCCCCGGGCCCAGAUCUCAGAGCAGAUGUUGGACUGAGCUUUAUUUUCACUAAAGGCUUUUUUUAAGGAGAUGAAGUGACUCUUCCCCCUGUUCCCAUUGGGUUAGAAUCCUCCUUUCUUUUAUAUAUAUAUAUAUAUAUUAAAAAAACAACAAAAAAAGUAAUUUAAAGCUUGCCCUUGUGGCAGUGCAGGGGGUUUCUGUGCUGAUGAGCAGGGAUUGCUAAGGAAGCAGAAUGUAGUGCUGCAGAGAGGGAUUUUUUCAGUGGCUAUUUCAGAGCCCAGGCUCUUCCCACCUUCCACCUCAACCUUUUGAAGUGGUUGUGACACAGGCUGACAUUUUUUUAAGAAAAAGCUCUUCGGUUUUGUUGUGGGUUUGUUGUUUUUUUUUGUUUGUUUUUUUUUUUUUUUUUUUUAAGGAAAAAAACGUGAAUCUUCUCUAUGAUUCCUGGGGAAGAGGGAGCAGGAGGAGCCCGGGUGCCGGGGCUGUCGCUGCUCACAGACUCGUUUGGUUCUCAAGGGCUCUCAAACCUUUGGACACGGAUUUCCUGCCACGCCCAGACCCACCGGGGGUUGGGGGGACCCCCCUGCACCCCGAGCCCCCCGGCAGCUGCAGUAACUGUCUAUAUUAGACACUUGUUUCUUCCCUUCCCUCCUCACCCACAGUUGUUGCUUUCUCUGGGUGGGCUUUUUUGGUGUUUUGUUUUUACCAGGAGGGAAGAGAACCCAACUCUCUUACUUUUUUUUUCCCCCCUCAUGAUUUAAUAUUUAUGGAAUUGUAUUUAAGUGUUUGUUUUGUUUUCCUUUUCCUGGGGAUGGUUCCUCAGCCGGGUCGGGAGCUGGGGGCUGUUUUUGUGUCUCCCCAGCUUUUGUGGGGGGGGGGGUUUCAGAACCGCUGCUCUUGGGGCGUGGCUGGAGGGUCGUGGCGACACCUUUUCAACCCGGCUGGAGCAGGAGGGGACGUCGCUGUCCUGGUCACCUGUGGCCUCUGGGAUGGAGCACGCAGGGACCCUCACCCCUGGGACCCCUGGGCAAGGACAAACCUGUCCCCAACCAACAGCUGGAGCUGCUGUGCCCCCCUGGAUGGAAGCCCAGGUGAGGGGAGGGAGCGUGGAUGGACCUCACCUGUCUUGCUUGGCCGUGGUGUUGUCACCGUCGCCGCUGGGACCCCCCGGGAGGGACAGGGCUCCUGUCCCGGGGGAGCAGCCGCUGCCGCCCUCACCCCCGGAUCGACGCCGGUUGCUGGGACGGAGCCUGGAUGGACCUUUCCUGUCCCUGCCAUCGUGUGUCCCCCCCCGGGACCUCCCCAGGGACGGAGCUGUCCCCUGGGUCACCCGUGUCCUUUCGGCUUGUAACGCUUGUGGUUGGACCCGCAAUACACGGUGUUGCUGCUGA